CCGGCCCCCCACGUGACCCGGGCGGCUGCGACCCGCCCCCCGCGGAAGGAGUAAAGGAUUAUGGCACAGGCUCAGGGUUUGGGGAAGAGAUACAUUAAAGCCUUUUUAAAAGGUUUCUUUGUUGCCGUUCCUGUAACUGUGACUUUCCUGGAUAGAGUUGCCUGCGUGGCAAGAGUGGAAGGAGCAUCAAUGCAGCCUUCUUUGAAUCCUGGGGGAAGACAAGCAUCUGAUGUAGUGCUCUUAAACCACUGGAGCAUUCGAAAUUAUGAUGUACAACGUGGGGACAUUGUGUCAUUGGUGUCUCCUAGAAAUCCUGAACAGAAGAUCAUUAAACGAGUGAUUGCACUUGAAGGAGACAUUAUCAAAACCAUUGGAUACAAAAAGAAGUAUGUGAAAGUCCCACAUGGUCAUAUUUGGGUGGAAGGGGAUCACCAUGGACACAGCUUUGACAGCAAUGCUUUUGGUCCCGUUUCUCUUGGACUUCUGCAUGCUCGAGCUACUCAUAUUCUCUGGCCUCCACAACGCUGGCAGAAGUUACAGCCAAUGCUACCUCCAGAGCGCAAACCGCUGCACAGAGAGCAGGAGUGAGCUAAAUGUUCUGACAGGACAACAUUGACAUAAGUUUAACCAGGAAGAGUUGCAAUGGCUAUACCACCACCUCUUAAGAGCUUUACCAAGUGUGCUUUGAUAUUGGGUAUCAUAUCAGCAAAUACAUGUGACAUAUUACAAUUCCACCUUAAGUGUAAAGUUCUUCAAGGAGGUUUUGUUUGUUUGUUCUGUUGUUUGGUGUAUUUUUAAAAUCUCAAACAUUGUAUGUUAAUUUGGUUUGAAAUAACUGGUUGUAGAAGGUUAACUGAAGGUUAACCAGUUUGAAAUAACUGGUUGUUCAUUUUUUUCUGAGAGCAGUAAAAAGCUUAACUUAUGCCUGUGCCUGUGCUUCUCUGGAUAAGAAACUAUUAAAACCUACAAUAAAAUAUUUUGAUCUUUUA